AUGACAUCAAACGUUACAAACUUUUCAAAUUCAGUAAUAUUUUCUUUGAUUUUAUUUCCUCUGCAGGUUAUCUUCUACGAGGACAGGAACUUCCAAGGGCGCUCUUAUGAGUGCAGCAGUGACUGCUCGGACAUGUCCACCUACCUCAGUCGCUGCAGUUCCUGCAAGGUAGAGAGCGGCUGCUUUGUGGUCUAUGACCGCCCAAACUACAUGGGUAACCAGUACUUCAUAAGGAGGGGCGACUACGCUGACUACCUGUGUAUGGGCAUUAAUGAAUCCAUCCGUUCCUGUCGCGUGAUACCUCCGCACAGAGGACCCUUCAGACUGAGGGUCUAUGAGAGGGAGAACUACGCAGGUCAGAUGCAUGAGCUGAGUGAAGACUGCGAGUCCUUCCAGGAUCGUUUCCAUAUGUCCGACUGCCAGUCCUGCCACGUGAUGGACGGCCACUGGCUCAUGUAUGAGCAGCCCCACUACAGAGGCAGGAUGAUGUACCUCAGGCCUGGAGAGUACAGGAGCUUCAGGGAUUUGGGCGUCGGUGAAAUGAGAUUCAGCUCUGUGCGAAGAAUCACAGAUACUUGCUAA